CAUAAGAGGGCAGGACGUCCUGCUAUAAACAGUUGAACUCAGAGCAGGUUGGAGUUCGCUGGAGGUCGGUGUCUCAAACAACAUCAGCAGUUUGCAUCCAGAUCUGAGGGAUGUCUGCAUCACAUGAUCAAGGGAGCUCCAGAGAUGAUUCAGGUGUCCGAGCUAUGAUCCCUGCUGGGCAGACGGUCAACACAGACCCUGGAAAUGAUCACGGCACCAGCGGGGAGCCCACUGACAGAUCUCAGGAGGACAUAAACAGAGAAAUUGACAUCUUAAACCACUGCAUUGAAGAUCUGCAGAAGUUCAUGUUACGCCUGCAUCAGGCGUCUGAGGCCCAGACCGUUCUCAACCAAAGGAAAAAGAGGGGUGACAGGAAAAGCAAGAAAAAUACAAACCAAUGCGCAGGUGACCUGUUGACCACAAAAGCCACUCUUCCUCCAGAAGAACAAUUUGUAGGCAUCUUUCAGAAAGUCAAGUACUCCAUCUGUUUGCUGGACCGUCUCAAGUUUUCCCUCAAACAGCCGGAUGCACCAGAGCUGCUGCACCACAUCUUUGUGCCUCUGAAACAGAUGGCGAAAACAAACGGAGGGCCGACAUUAGGAGCAUCAGUGGUCAGUCCAGCCAUGACCAGAGGAGCGGUUUCCCUGCUCCAGGAGCAUCUGAACGAAGAGGAAAAGGAGCUGUGGAGAUCAUUUGGAACCAACUGGACAUCCUGUAAAUCCGCCCCUCCGUACUCACCUGUUUUCCUGAACGGGUGGAAGCCUCCAGCCUGUGACUUAUCAGGCCUGGUCCUGGAAGAUCCAGUCCAGUCACAGCUCAGAGAGGAUGCUGUCAGGGAAAGCAGGCAGACGCCAAGUCUGCAGGAACAAACCCAAGCUGAGAACCAGGGGAACGACACAGAUAACGUAAACAGGCUCCCACGCAAAGAGGGGACAUUUUGCAGCUGCAGGUAUGCCUUUGUGGCCCGAAACAACAGUGAACUCUCCGUGCGACAAGGAGAAACACUAGAGGUGCUUGAAUCAUCAAAGCGUUGGUGGAAAUGUCGGAGUCAAAAAGCCCAAGUAGGAUAUGUUCCCUAUAAUAUUCUGGAGCCUCUGCCUGCUGGGAAUGUCCCACGAGGAGACAACCAGGCACUUCCAGCUGAAUCAAAGGACAUAGCUCCUACCUCUCGAGCUAAGAGCCACUCGAACACCGAAUUGAGCACAGACGGGGCCGAUCCAGCAGCUACGAAGCCACAACCUCAGAUCACGUUAGAAGAGGGGGGUCAAGACCAGAAUAUGAACGAUGAGCUUCUGCAGUGGCUAACUAAAGAUAAAAGCUCCGCUGAUUGGGAGGUAGUUGCCACCUCGUCCACCCUGACCUACAAGUCCUCACCUGCUGAGGUGACGGCAUGGCUUAGGUCCAAGAACCUCAUAGAGGGAACCGUCAGCUGCCUUGGGAUUUUAAAUGGAGCGCAGCUGUUCUCCCUAUUAGAAGAGGAGCUCUGUGUUGUGUUGGGUCCAGAGGAAGGAGUCUACGUGUACAGCUUGGUCCAGGAUCAACUAACGUCUCCAGAAAACUCUGAGUUUUGGGAUGCUGACGCCGACGGGGCAGCAGGGUUAGUUUCACCUGAAUGAAGACCCGACAAAUCAUCCACAAGCCUCUUCCUGAUGCGAUGCUACAUUCGUCUUUUAAUAUGUGUUUAAUUAUUUUAAGUGGGAAACUAAAUCACUGUUAACAUACAGCUGUCACAAACCUUAUAUGUUUUGUUUUCAUAUCCCUGGUUUUUAAAUCUUCUCAUAUUCCUUUGUUAAUGUUUGAAACUUGAUAACACACACACACACAAAUGCAACAUUAUUCACAAACAAUUUGGCACAAGAUGGAUUUAUUUUUAUUAGUAAGCUCACAUAAAUCUGAAAGGGUCACCUGGUCAACUGUGAAACACAGAACUACACACAAGAGGAAAGUUAGUCGUAACAAAACAUUUUUUUUGUUUCACUCUGAUCUGGUCUUGAAAAACAUCUAAGAUCCAUUAACCAGUUUCAGAGAAGACCCAGUCAGUUGUGUUAGAUGUAAAAAGAUAAUCAGAAAAUAAAAGAACAGAAGUCAAAACACUUAUAAAAAUACUCAUUCAGUUUGAGCAAAUAGAAAUAAAUCAGCUUUAUGUAGAAGUGUGCUGGGAACAUGAUGUUGCUUCAGCAGAAAUAAAAUAAAUCUAGAUGUUCUUGUGCAAACAA